AUGUCGGGCUCGCGCUGCCAGACGCUUUACCCCUUCUCCGGGGAGCGGCACCGGCAGGGGCUGCGCUUCGCCGCCGGGGAGCUGCUCACCCUGCUGCAGGUGCCGGACGGCGGCUGGUGGGAAGGGCAGAAGGAGGACGGGCUGCGCGGCUGGUUCCCGGCGAGCUACGUGCAGCUGCUGGAGAAACCCAGGAAGGUCACAUCUCAGCCAGGAGAAGAUUCACUGAAUUGCCCUCUGCCUCCCGGCUGGCAGAGCUACAUGUCUCCUCAGGGACACAGGUACUAUGUGAACACCUUCACCAAUGAAACCACGUGGGAGCGGCCGAGCAGCGUGCCUGGGACCCCCAGGAGCCUCGGGAGCCAGAAGAGUGCUGUGCCUGCAGCGAAUGGAUAUCACACCCCUGUGACGCCCAUGCAUCAAAUGGAGCCUGGUCAUAUGAGUCUCCGAAAACCCAGCGGGGACCCCCAGAGUCCGGGGUCCCCGCGCGUGCCCAGGAGGCUGGCCAGGGAGAGCUCGCGGACGAUAAACUGUGUGACUUUUCCCCACCCAGACACAAUGCAAGAACAGCAGUUGCUGAAACCCACUGAAUGGAGCUACUGUGAUUAUUUCUGGGCUGAUAAGAAGGAUCCGCAAGGGAACAACACAGUAUCGGGGUUUGAAAUUCUGCUCCAAAAGCAACUCAAGGGGAAACAAAUGCAAAAAGAAAUGGCAGAGUUUGUUCGAGAAAGGAUAAAGAUUGAGGAAGAAUAUGCCAAGAACUUGUCCAAACUGUCUCAGAACUCACUGGCUGCUCAAGAAGAAGGCACCCUAGGAGAGGCCUGGGCCCAGCUGAAGAAAAGUCUGGCGGAUGAGGCAGAGGUUCAUCUCAAAUUUUCCUCUAAGCUCCAGAGUGAGGUGGAGAAACCACUGCUCAACUUCAGAGAGAACUUUAAGAAAGACAUGAAGAAAUAUGACCAUCACAUCGCGGAUUUACGGAAGCAGCUGGCUAGUCGCUACACAGCAGUAGAAAAGGCCCGGAAAGCCCUGACAGAGAGGCAGAAGGAUCUGGAAAUGAAAACCCAGCAGUUGGAGAUAAAGCUCAGCAACAAAGCAGAAGAGGAGAUCAAGAAAGCGAGGCGGAAGUCCACUCAGGCUGGAGAUGACCUGAUGCGUUGUGUGGAUCUUUAUAAUCAAGCCCAAUCCAAGUGGUUUGAAGAAAUGGUGACCAGCACUCUGGAGCUUGAAAGGCUGGAGGUGGAGCGGGUGGAAAUGAUUCGGCAGCACCUUUGCCAGUACACACAGCUGCGGCAUGAGACAGACAUGUUCAACCAAAGCUUCCUUGCUAGGUGGAUGUGCUAAGCCCUGGCUUUAACAAAGAAGUCAGAUCUGCCUCUUCAAUGACUGACAAGCCCCCUGCUGUUCUCACAGAUGAAGAGCUACCAGACAAGGCUGCUGAAAGAUUCCCAACCUGCUCUAAAAGCUCUCAGCUCCAUAGCCAGCAUUUCUGUGCAGCCACUCAGCACUCAGGUUGCUGUAAGCCUGCGAGGAGCUCACCCGUAGGAACACUGGGUCAGUGACUGAGACAGCCUGAGAGCUCUGGAGGCUGCAUUUUUCAAGACAAGUGAGUUAUUCUAAAAAAGCCAUGAAGUCAUGGAACAAAAUCCUAUUAAAAUAGCUGUUUUCUCCUACCAGAGUAAUUUUCUCAUAUUCAACUUUCCCUGAGUGCACAUCUGGAGCAGCUUCCCUGGAACAGCUGUGACUUUGUUUGCAAUGAGCACUAGAAGCAAACCUUCUUCAUUGCAGUGUAUAAAAGAGGGAAAUGUUUGCUUGCUCACAGGGUUAUUGUCUCAUUGUGUUUCACUUUGCUCUGCGGUUUCACACUGUUUUGUUGCUGCUUUCCAUUCGCAUGUUUCCUGCACAACAGUGUUACCAAUGUGCACAGCUGUUCUCUGGCAGAAGGUUACAUUCCUAACACCCUAUUUUAACAACAUAUCAGAUAUUUUCAAAGGGAAUUCUGACUAAAGCUUUUGGAGACAGUUAGGUCAAUUGAUUCAAAUCAGCACUAGUAAUAACUGCUCAGACUGUCUGAGAAGGGUACUACCCAACCUCUGCAUUUCAGCAAGGUUUUAAAAAAUGAGUAAAUUGGACUCCUCGGUGCACAUAUAGAAAUACAUGAUCUGCUCUCCAGAAGUGCUGAGCAUUCACAAGUCUCUUGGAAGUAAAUGGGAGGUAAUAGGCAAAGAGAAUCUUUGGAAAUCAAACUACUGAUCUAGAUGCCUAAAGAAAGACUUGGUCCUAAUUAAGGCUUCUAUUUAAUAAAAAGUUGUGACCUUUCAAGUCAUCAGCAGAUGUCUUGCCACCCUAAUACAAAACCACCAGUUCUGCUACUAAUUAUGAAUGAAAUUAUGGCCAAAACAAUGCUGGGAAGAAUUCAAACUGUACAAGACCCAUAAUGUACUCAUAGAGACAUACCCUACUGUUGUUCCAGCUCCUUUUCACUAUGGCUUGUGAACUGGCCUCCCUGAUACUCAGUAAUACAGAGAUUCCCUGGUCACUUCUCAAGGGUUCCUCAGGGUACUUGUGUAUGGCAACACCCAAGUCAUGUCCAAAGAUUUCCCAGGUUCCUGGGAUUGCGGUGAUGUCUAGAACCACACCAGGCCACCGCAUGACUCAGGGUCCCACCUAUACUAACCCCACCCCAGGCAAUCUCCAAGACUUGGGAGCAUAUGCGUUCUUUCUCUGACGUAAUGAGGACACGUUCUUUUUCAUUAGUAUGUCUUUUCUCUGGGGAUUUCUUCUCCACACCUGCUAUCUGUGCAAUGGUCAUUACCUCAUGUUUUAAAGUAGAUCUUAUCCAUAAAGGUACGUGAUUUCUGUUUCUGAAUGCUCAGCUCCAAAUUGUUGUUUUAGACACAUUUCCACCAGAGCUGUAUCUGUUUCCAAGCAUUUUAUUCUUCAGUUUAGAUUUUCAGAUGUCACUGUCAGGGCCGGUGCAAGGAAGUUUCGCGCCCUAGGCGAAACUUCCACCUUGCACUCCCCACCCAGCUACCCCUGACCCCCCACAGCAGCUAACUCAGCCCUCACCCGGGGAGCCCUCCCCCCUGCAGCAGCUACCCCCCCACCGCGACAGCUAACCUCUUUCCCCCCCGUCCUCCCAUGGCAACUAACCCCACCCACGGAGACUCCCCCUGUUCCCCCCACGGCAGCUAACCCCGCCUGGAUAGACUUCCCUGCCCCCGCCAUGGCAGCUAACCCUGCCUGGGGAGACCUCCCCCCGCGGAAGCUAACCCUGCCUAGGUAGCCCGCCUCAGCUCAUCUCGGCUCCGCCUCCUCCACUGAGUACGCCAACACUGCCUAAUUCUCCUCCCUGCCCAGACUUGCGGCGCUGAUUGGAGGAGACUUAGAGCAGGGCUGUGUGCUCAGCGGAGGAGGCAGAGUGGAGGUAAGCUGGGGCGGGGAGCUGUUCCCCUGUGCGGCCCAUCCCCCCCAUUACUGCGGGUAGCCCUCCCCGUGUGGCCCCCAACCCAGCUCAGCUCCACUCUACCUCCUCGCCUGAGGGGACUUUUAGGCACCCCCGACCACUAGGUGCCCUAGGCGGCUGCCUAGUUUGCCUAAAUGGUUGCACCUUGCCCUGGUCAUUGUCAUGUUUAUAUUGCACUAAUGUUCAGAACAAGAUGUCAUGCUUCUUGGAUACAUUUCUAAAAGUGACUGGUGCUCAAACUGCUUCAAGCUCCAGUGGUUGGAAGUGCAAUUAGUCCUUUUUGGGCUAUACACUACAGACUCCACUAAUCCUUCCAAGUCUGUUCACCAAUGGGACCAACACUUGGCAUAGUUUGAUUUCUAAUUUUUAAUCCCAUGCACUCCACAAGGCAGAAUCCUUUUGUGCCUAUCUGAAGAUAUGAUUCUAACAUGCAUACAUUACUAAAGUCUUGUAAAGACCUUUUUAAUAGCAUUUCAGGUCAAUAGCAUAAGAAACAGAAAAUAUUUACUCAGAUUUGAAACAAAGAUGUGCAAAUUUAAAUUCCCUCAACUUAUAUGAAGUUGGACUAUUUUUUAAAUAUGAUAUGAAAGACAAACUCAGCAGGAAUGCAGAAAAAGCCUACCAGUUACUGUGUUCAGAUUCCCUGAGCUUCCAGGAAUACAGUUUGAGCAAAUUGGUUUCAUUUCUGCAGAUUUCUUAGGUAAUUGAACAAUGGUUUGAACCUCAACUGCAAUUCCACAAAAAUACAAUUAGUAACUCCCCCAAAUUCUAAGUGCCUCUUUAAAUUGUACCUGCUACAGUUACACAAGUAUAAAAAUGCAGACCCAUCUCAUGAACUUCCACAGCUCAGGAGCAGCCAGUGUACAGACCUCGUCAGCUUUCUCAGUUCCCCUUUGUUGCUCCCAUACUGUCACUCAGUGCAGACCCAAACCCAGACCCAAACUCCCUGAUUAUUAAUAUCAAGAAUAGACAUCAGAAAUGCUUGCCACUGAAACUGGAACUCUAGCCAUGCUAAAUAAACACCCAUCCACUGCCCCUUCGUCUUGCACUAGCCUCUGCUUCUUUCUCCUCUGCUCUUUGUUGGGUCUAUUUCUUGUUUUGGGAGAGAUCCUAUGACUUUCUAGUGCACAUUCAUUUCAGUGGAAGUUGAGGUCAUUCAGCAUUUCACAUGAUCACGGAGCUUUGUCACACGUGCCUUGGAAGGGUAGAGUCCUUCAUGCCACUCAGAGAAAUGACCCUCUCCUAAAGGGCAUUCAGAACAACCUUCUAAGCUAAUCUUCCAACAAGGAGCCUUCCAUACAGGGGUGCCAUUAAAACAAGCAGCAGACAUCACAUAAUGGGUCUGAAUAAAGGCCACACUGGACCCAAGCAAAUGCUGUUUUCUGCUGAGAUCCCUGUAAAUGAGGACUCGUCCCUCUGAGGCUGUCAGUGUGGGCAAAGUGACUCAGCAUGUCAGAGGGGUUACCGUGUGUAUUGGCUAAGGAUUGGGACUGGCGUUUGAAGAGUAUUUGUUGGGGUGCUCAGGUUUGCAAGAUGUCACUGUCCAGUCAUUUGGAUUUAGGAACGUUUGUCCUGAGACUUGCUGCUCCUUCAGAGUAAUGGGUGCUAGGGCUGCGAUUUUUAAAGCUGCCUUGGGGGUUUGACCAAUUUCCAUUCGCUUGGUCAUACACAGGGAGAACAUCAUCUAAGAGCAAGAGUAUCAGUCUGUUCUGGACAGAGCAGGUGGCAAUAUCAGACAAAUGGAAUUACUCUUUUUAAAAUUGCUGUCUUUGUUUCAACAGUCCAAAAGAAGGUGGGAAAUCCAGUGAGUAGUUUGGCAGAGAGUCUAAGUGCAGUUGUUCAAAAGCAGAUCAGAUCAGUGGUGAGCCAUGUUCUAAAGCAGUUUUCUAAUCAAAUGAAGUUGCCUAUAUGGUUCUUUUGCUAAAUACUGUCCAAAUUUUUAAAGCAACAACUGUCUUUUGCCAGUACUAAUGACCUCUUUUUAAAUGUGUUUAAUCAAAAUUUUAUAUCUUUCCACAAAUAUUGUCUGAAUAGAUCCUUAAAUAACUUAUGUAACAUAAGAUCUGUAUCUGAAUAACAAUAGUAAAUCUUUGAUCAGUAUGUAAAUUGUAAUGUGGUCAUUGUCCCAUAAAAACAUAUGAUGGAAUCAUUUUGGCUGAAGAAUUGAAUGCUCAAGAGGUUUAAGGACCAGGUCCUUAGCUGGGUUAAUUGGCAUAGCUCCACUGAAGUUAAUAGGGCGGUGCUGAUUUACACCAGCUGUGGAUCUGGUUUGUAAGUAUUGAAAGCAUUUGCUAUACAUAAUUUUUGUCUUAUUGCAAAAAGUUUAACUGUAUUUUCCUGCAUUAUUCGUGAGUGUGUAUGCACCUCAGUGCUUCAUCUCAUCCUUUGUAAAAUAAAUUGUACAGAGAUA